GAUAAAUCGAUUAUUUUUUUUUUCGAUAAGCUGAUAUAUUUAAAUAUAAAUGCACAAAUAAUUAAUAUUAUUUAUAUUUAAUUAAAUUUUUUAUUGUAAAAUAAACUUUAUUCACGAAAAAGUGAAUAAAAUUUGAUUUUUUUCUAUAGAAAAAUCCAAUGUACUAUCGAUUAUCGAUGCAGAGUGAUUAAAUAUAAAUCGAAAUAUCAAAAAUAAAAUAUAUCGAGUCGAACACAUCCCUAAUUUAUAUAUACAUGGUAUAUACACAUUGUCACGGUCAUUAUAUUUACAUAGUCACCCUGAGAUAAAUACAAUCAGAGUGACACAAAUACAAAUAAGUUACUCCGAGGAGGAUAAUUCAAGUGAAAAAAUAAUAAAAAAAAAGCCGGCAGAAAUGUCGUACGAAACAAAGUAUACAUUUGCAACAUUACCAAGAACUCAAAGAGGAACACCACUUGUACUGGGUGAAGAUCCAAAGGGAAAAAAUUUUUUAUAUACCAAUGGAAAUAGUGUUAUCAUAAGAAACAUUGAUAAUCCAGCAAUUGCUGAUAUUUAUACUGAGCAUUCAUGUAAUGUUAAUGUUGCAAAAUAUUCACCAAGUGGUUUUUACAUUGCAUCUGGUGAUCAAUCAGGAAAAGUACGUAUUUGGGAUACUGUUAAUAAAGAGCAUAUUUUGAAAAAUGAAUUUCAUCCAAUUGGAGGUCCAAUUAAGGACAUUGCUUGGUCACCAGAUAGUCAAAGAAUGGUUGUUGUUGGUGAAGGUCGUGAAAGAUUUGGUCAUGUUUUUAUGGCUGAUACUGGUACAUCAGUUGGUGAAAUAUCUGGUCAAAGUAAACCAAUUAAUUCAUGUGAUUUUCGUCCAUGUAGACCAUUUAGACUUAUAACAGGAAGUGAAGAUAAUACAAUUGCAAUAUUUGAAGGUCCACCAUUUAAAUUUAAAAUGACAAAACAAGAACAUACUAGAUUUGUACAAGCUGUACGUUAUUCACCAUCUGGUUCAUUAUUUGCAUCAGCUGGUUUUGAUGGUAAAGUAUUUAUUUAUGAUGGUACAACAUCUGAUCUUGUUGGUGAAGUUGGUUCACCAGCACAUCAAGGUGGAGUUUAUGGUGUUGCAUGGAAACCAGAUGGUACACAAUUAUUAACAGCAUCUGGUGAUAAAACAUGUAAAUUAUGGGAUGUUGAAACACGUACACUUAUUUGUGAAUUUAAUAUGGGUAAUACUGUUGAUGAUCAACAAGUUAGUUGUAUUUGGCAAGGUAAACAUUUAUUGUCAGUAUCAUUGAGUGGUUUCAUUAACUAUCUCAAUGUUGAUGAUCCAACAAAACCACUGAGAAUAAUUAAGGGUCAUAAUAAGCCAAUAACAGUAUUAACUUUAAGUCCAGAUAGAGGUACAAUAUACACUGGUUCACAUGAUGGAUAUGUAACAAAUUGGAAUGCAAAAACUGGUGAAAAUGAUCGUGUUGAUGGACAUGGUCAUGGUAAUCAAAUAAAUGGAAUGAAAGCUGCUGGUAAUUUACUUUAUACUGCUGGUAUUGAUGAUACAGUUAGAGCAAUUGAUAUUGCUACAAAUAAAUACAAUGAAAUGGAAACAAUAAAACUUGAUUCACAACCACGUGGUUUAGAUAUUGCUGGUGAUAUUGUUAUAACUGUAUCAAUGAGACAAAUUAAUCUUACUCAAUCAGGUAGAAAAAUAUCAAAAUUACCAAUUGAUUAUGAGCCAUCAUGUGUCAGUGUUAAUCCAGAUACAAAUGACGUUGCUGUUGGCUCAAGUUCGGAUAAUAAAGUUUAUAUUUAUAAUCUAUCGGGUACAUCUCUUGUAUUCAAAUCUGAGCUAGAACAUCUGGGACCAGUUACUGAUGUUUCAUACAGUCCAAAUAAUAAGUAUCUUGUUGCAUGUGAUGCCAAUAGAAAAGUUGUACUUUAUAUGGUUCCUGAAUACAAGUUGGCUCAUAAUAGAGAAUGGGGAUUUCACAGUGCCAGAGUUAAUACUGUUGCAUGGUCUCCUGAAUCUGAUAUGGUUGCUAGUGGUAGCUUGGACACCACUAUCAUCAUCUGGAGUGUUACUAAUCCAGCCAAGCAUACCAUCAUUAAAAAUGCUCAUCCACAGAGCCAAAUUACUCGACUCGUAUGGUUGGAUGAAGAAACACUUAUAUCUGUUGGUCAAGACUGCAAUACUAAAAUUUGGCGUGUGGAAAAAAUAUAAAAUCAUCAAUAAAAAUACAAAAUAUACACUAAAGAGAAUACAGAACAAAAUAAUUAUAUAAUAUGGGAUUUAAAAAAAAAAAAAAAACUCAAUAUAAAAUGAACAAUUUAUAAGCUUGGUUAAUUAACUUUUGAUGCAUUUUAUUAUAUUUAUUUCUUUGUAUACAAAUUGUAUAUUAUUUUUUUUUGAAUACGAUUAUUGAUAUACAAUUAUGA